AACGAAGCUUGUCAUGGGAAAGCAUGAUAGACUGAUCCAGGAACCAACUAUAUUUGGGGGAAACUGAAAGGAACAUUUCAUCUUCUUACAUAAAAUUCCAUGGCAUUCCAUGGUUUUUAGGUUUCACAUUUGCAGUUGUUGCACAAUUCUCAUACUAGAAGAGAUGUUUUGGUUCCAUGAUCAAAAUCAUUUCGUUUGUAGAGGGUAUACCCCAUCCUACAUUUUCCAUCAGCUUUCAAUGCAUCAUUCAUUCACAAAGAGAAAAAACAAGAACAUUACCAGAUUAAAAGCAUCGCCCAAACAUUGCAUACAAUUCGUUAUACUGUGUGUUCUUAUUUUGAUACCUACAACAUCGAAAAUGGAGGGUUUCUGUCUAACAACUUUAUUAUCUUCUUGUCAGCAGACCAAGACAGUGGUAUUACAUAAACAGACAAGUAGCCAAAAAAAAAAGUAUAAAAUAAAAAUAAUGCGUUGUUCUUAAUCAAAUAAUAUAUCAAAUGCA